GGGUUUUUAGAAGAUGGUUGAACGGAAGCUCUUCAAAACGAAGUUAUGUGUUUUGUAUCAAAGGGGUCAUUGUUCGCGGCAGAAUUGCUCUUUCGCCCAUGGAAGUGUUGAACUUCGACAAUUUUUGGGUUCUUACAAUGCUCUUACAAUAGGUACCUGCUCUUGUCAAAUUAUUUUGCAUGAUUCAGAGUGAAAUGUCCAGAUACAUGUGCUUUAUGAAAUGUGUAGGAGUUUCAACUAAUGUAGUGACUGGAGAUGCAAUCAAAAUGCCUUCUGGAGAUAUCAGUUGCUUUAAUCAGCAGCGUGGAUUUCUAAUUUAUGAAUGAAGAUGUCAACUCACAGCAUUCAUGCUUUUUAUAAUGCUGGUUUUGCUAUUUAUCAUGGUGGUCUUUAUCCUCAUCUAUCUUACAAUACCUGCCAAACCGCAACUUUUUGAAGGAGGACGGUAGUGGUUUCGUGGAGUUCAUGUUCUUUAUUGAUUUUGAGAUCACAGACACCUUUGGUGAAUACCCAAAUGUUAUCACUAAUAUAUUCAACAAUGUAAACUGAUGGAGGCUAGGUGUCCACAUUGUUUAUCACUUCUUCUCCUUGAAUGACAUUGUGGAGGAAUUUCUUAAAAGAAGGAAUACAUGCAGUUUUAAUGAGUUAUAUCCUGAAGAAAUCAAUUCUUUUUUGCAUAUUAUUUCUCAAUAUGGCUCAACGGAGAAAUCUUUUGUAUUCAAUUGUAUUUUCUGUCUUAUUGAUCAACGAGAAGAUGGAGUUUAUCAACUAUUCUUAUUCCAUUCUACUUUGAUGUAUCGAAUGGUUCUCCCAGUGUUAUCUGGUGAAGUUUCUGUCUCUAUUCAUUAAAUGAGGGGAUGGUUUCAUGGCCCCUUUGGAAUUGGCAAGAAGGCACUAUUACUGUUCAUUGUUAUGUUACUCUUAUUUUUCCAUGUGAUGGUAAACGGGACCGUCGAGGUGGUGAUUUGAGGGAUAAGCUCGACAAGAGGUUAUCACCACACCGUAGGAUUUCUCCAGGAAGAAAUACAAGAAGCCAGCACACAUUUCAUGGAGCUAGCUCUUCCAGGUCCCUUGAGAAAAGCAGGGACAGAAAACGCAGGAAAAAACAGCAUUUUGAUGGUCAAAGUGAUUUAUCUGGAAGCCUGAAAAGCUUAGAUGGGGCAAAAGAUUGGGAUAAAAUAAGAAAAAGCACAUCAACUGAUUCUGUAAUUGUUCUUAAGAAGCAGCUAAUAGAAGUACAAUCAGAGAUUGACAUGCUUGAUCAGCAGAAAUCUCAUUUAAAGACCUUAGAAGAAGAGAAAGUUGAAGAAGCAGAAAUUCUAACUUCCAGAAUUCUGGAGCUUGAUUCUCAAUUGUCCAAAGAAAAAGAGGAAUAUAGAAGGACCAUUUCAAAAAUCAAGAAGUUUGUCAAAACACAUAAGAGGUAUGUGCGGGCUCAAGAGGAUUUGAAAAGGUCACAAAUUCGACUUCAGAGGUUGGGUGAUCAUCUCGGCUCUGACACUGCAACUGGUGGAAAUGAAGAGGAUUCGAGCAUCAAUAUUGUCAGUGAUGGAGAUGCUCCUGGUUAUCAUGCUGUCUGCCCACAGAAUGAGGUGCAGAAUAAUUAUUCACCUGGCAAGAAAGUUCUGUUUGUUAAACAUGAUACUGCAGAAGAAUUGGCAAAAUGUGGAAAUUUGACCAAUGGUGGAGUAUAUCAUACUGGGCCUACAAGACUGCGGAAGCGUUCUCAAUUUAAUGCACACGCUAUGCAAUCGGCUAUCAACAAGGAAGUUGAGAUGUUGGACAGUGGGGAUUAUGGUCAUCAACCUACAACAAAUGAAAGCAAACAAAAGAGAGGAAAGAGUAUUUCUGCAAGCAUCCAAUCUGCAGAUAAGCCAAAGGGUUCAGGCUUAGGCCUUCCGGCACCAUCAACCAGCAUGGCUGCUCAUGCCAUUGAUGAAUUAGUUGAGAUUGAAGCGGAGGAGAAUAUUGAGGUGGUUGAAACUGCAUCAGGGAAAAUUGAUAAAGGAGCCUCUACAUGUGGGGUCAGAAGGUUACCAUUUCUCCUUCCUCCGCCUCUCCCAGUCCCUCGGAAUACUUAUUCACAGCACAAGGGCAAAGACGAAAAUGUGGAUGUGGAAGGACUAGAGGAGGAGAUGGUAGAAGUUGACAUUGUUUGAAUCCAUAAUGCUUGCUGUUGAGGAUUUUGUUUUGGAAUUUUUCUGUUAUCUUCCAAUGUUGGCUCUUACAUAAUCCAGAGACAGGAUGAAGAAAUUGGCGAGCUACAUGUAGAUAGUUUUGGGUUAUAAUCAGAGUGGGAUCCCUUGGUAUUUUGUUUUCUACAAGGAGUUAGAUGUAUAAAUUUAUUGCUUGUCAAGGCUUUAAGUUGAGAAAGUAGAAACUCCUAAUGGGGGAACUUGAAAUGAUCAGUAAAACAAGUGUGUUACUGAGAAUAGAGCUUCUUGAGUAAUUAAGAGAUUAAUUUUUUUCCCCUUAAAA